AUGUCGUCCGCCACAGCCCCAGGCGAGCAAUUCGAGCCUCGCCAGACCUCCACCACCGAAGACUACCACCCAGACCCUUCUAAGUCCCUUCCACUCUCCCCAGCCCGGCAAGCCCUCAUCGACGACAUCAUCGCCCUCUACUCCUGCGAACCGACGAUCCAACGCAUCGAACGCUACACCCCCGACUGCGUCUACGACGACCAAUUCGUGUACGCCAACGACCGCUACAAAAUGGCCGGCCAAUGGUUCGCGCUCCCCAGACUCUUCAAAGCCAGCAACAACGAAGGCUACGAGAUCAUCAAAAACGACCCCGACCUCAUCCAGUUCAAGAACGAACAGUCGUGGACGUUCAAAAUCAUCCCCAAGACGGCGACCAUUAAUGCGUUGGUGAGCCUGGCGCUGGAGCCGGGGAGUGAGGAGGCGGGGUUUGUCAGGGUCAAGUAUCAUAAGGAUCAGGCGAAUGAUAAGGAUUACAGUCAUGAGGGGGUGGGGUUUAGUUUUAAGAAGUGGCAGGCGGAUCAGGUGGCGAAGAAUAUGAGUGCGGAGGAGGUGAAGUAUUUUGAGAAGGAUCGGGUUGCUGGGAAGGAGGAGGUCAGGAAGUAUGGAACGGGUGCGGAGGAGGGGGAUGCGCCUAAGAAGGAGUUUUGA